GCGCCUUCAGUUGAUAACCGACCUCCUUGCCGCGAUCACGUCGCUCCACGUUGCCGGUUUCCGAACGAACUCUCACAUUUCGCUACUUCUAUUCUAAACAGUUUUCCCGCGUAAAAGUUAUUAUAAAUAUAUUCGUGAUUUUGUUACUUUUGAAUUUUAGAACGGUAUUGUGAACUGUUGUCUCUAUAAAAUGAAGUGACUGUUUUAAACUUUUGAGUGUUUUUCUUUGGAUUUGAAUUUCGAAGGAGGGAGUGGAUGUGAAAACUGGAAAGGGCCCGGAAGAACGGGUCAGCUCUCCCUUCGAAUUUCCUAUACAGAAACAUGACGGUGAAAAAGGCCACUCGCUGCGGUGGCUUUGCCGCUAUUGUGGCUCGCCAGAAGCUCCACGCAGCAUCACAGCAACUGGACAUCAUGACCAUUACCAAACCCAUCCAUCAGACAUAUAAUAUUAUCGUAGGAUUCAAUGAGAAAGAUCAAUUACAACUUCUUACAAAAGAGGAAGAUGACGACAAAAAACUCAUCAAGGAUUACCAGAACCUAAAAAUGGCUAAACAAGAAAACAUAUCCAUAGACGACAUAACAAACUGUGUCAACAUCGAAAACUACCCAAACUGUAAAAACACUCUAGUCUUUUACAUAACCAAAAACCUUGUAAAAGAAGCUAUAGCGCUGAAAUUUGAGAAUGAACAGGACUUCAAACGAAUAUACUUUACGUACAAAUACUUUAAGAUGCGAAAUAGACUGACGAAUAAUACGACAAAUUAUUCAAAUGAUUUGUUUUCGAAGAAAAAAUACGAUCAUAAGAAUAGAAAGAAUAGUAUUGAUGACUUUACUAUUUAUGAUAAGGGGAGGGAUAAUGAUUGGCAAAUAGAUCAUGAUCUUACUCAUAUAUCUAUGCAGCAUAAAAAUUCACGUUUCGAUCAGCCUAUGAGUUUGAUUGGAAUAAGGAAUGACUCUGACGCUGGAGAGAUAGAUAGCAUUAUCUACACUGAUGUGGACAUCCCUGCAAAACCUGAGAGGAAAAGACUGUUCCAUAAGAAACCAAAAGCUCCUCCUCCCCCUGUGAAUAAAGAAACAAAAGUCCUGAAAGGCGAAUUCGUUAGAGUUAACGUAGAGAGAUCUCCGGAUGUUAUCCCAAAGGAUAAUAAGAUUAAUAAAGUGCCGGAUAUCCUUAUGUUUAGAGAUGUAAAACCUAAAAGAAGCAGUCCACCAAGUACCUUGUGGUCAACUAGUAAUAAAGUGACAACGGGCUACGAAUCCGACCGAGAGGAAUGGCGAAACAGUCGUUCUCAGUUCUCAACAACAGCAUUCGAUAGCCUUGCUAGGCCGACAAAAAUGGCCAUGGCUCUUACCCUGAGGAAACCACCUACCAGAAUCGAGCCAAUACAAUACUAUAGGAUGCCAAGCGAGAUUCCGAAGCUGGCACCUCUGUCUUUCCGUCCUAGCAACUUCGUCCCACGAGCACCAAGGUUACCACGCCCUAUGACAGAAGUUAAAAGAAACUUAACCACAGACCAUAGAAAAUUCACAUCACUUCAGAACUUAGAAUUAUCUAAGAAGCUAAGUGAGCCGAAGAAGCAGCCAGAAAUGAAGAAGACGAACUAUUCUAACCUGUCAACAAGGCUAACGGGGAUAACGAAUAAGCUAAGGGACUUGGGAAAUCCAAGUAAUACACUAGGACGAUUCAAGGCCCAAUCACAUGGUGAUGUGGCGAAUUUAAAACCAGAUAGAUGAUAUCUACAUUUUAGAUUUUAAGAAGUAGAUAUACACACAUGACUUGCUUCAACAAUAUUGAUAAUUAAAUAAGGUGGAAAUGGGCUUCUCUUGUACUGUAUUAUAUUUAGGGCAGAAAACAGGUCGGGAUUUCUGUGUUAAUAACAAGUUUUGUCUUAAUACUGCGGCUAUCCGCGUUUAAUUAUGGAAUUAUAAUACGAAAGAAUUGCUUUUAUUAAAAAAAGUUCUGUUAGGGCUUGAAUCCUGCCAUUAGAUGAACUUUAGUUCGUGAAUGUAUAUCGCUAUAGACCCAUCAACUGCCUUACUUACAACUGAGCGAGUUCCUUCGCGUCAUUUGUUGUGAUCAGCAGAAGUAAAACAUUGUAUCGAUGGCUUCCUAGAAUAGUGACCUAUCUCAAAAGCUUCUAAUUCACAAGGAAGAUGGUUUAAAAAACCUGAAACGUGUCUAACGCGCAAAAUUGACACAUAGUAGACAGUCUCAACGUUGUCAGUAGACAGUCUCAACGUUGUCAUGUGAUUAUUAACCAAUGAAAAGCUCGAUGUCUCAUUCGCAGUAAAAUUCAGCACUUUCUGAUCAAACGUCAGUAAUAAGUCAAAAAAGGAACUAUUUUGAAAUGGGAUAUUCUUAAUGAGCAGUGAUAUGUAUUGCUCUGGAUUCAAGCCUUACAGCUGUGAUUAACUGAAAUAAUACUUCUUCAAUUUUUAAAGAAUUAAUUGUGAUUUAAACAAAUCUAAUGUGACUUUUGCAAAAAAUUGUGCUCUACACUUUGUGUACCCAAAUAAUUCGUUAUUUUUUUUAUUCUGAGUAAUAAUGUUCAUACUUUAUUAUAAUUAUUGUGUGUAAAUAACAUAUAUAUUAUUGAAUAAUAUUAUUAUUUAUUAUCAUUCUAAUUCUGAACUGACAAAGACGUUUAUUAUAUAUUUGACGUAGUCGUUUAUUUACUAUCUAGCUAGUUAACUGCAUAUUUGACCCAUUUUUUACCUCAGUUUUGCCAUUUCUACCACUGUUUUUACUAAUUACCUGUCAAACUUUUGACAGUGUUGCCAUUGAAUCUACUGUUGCCGUCAAUUUAAAGAAAAUCAAUCAAACUGUCAUAUGUAUGUUUUUAAAUCAAUCAAUGUGUCAAAAUUUCUCGUAGUUUGACUUUUGUUCUUUCUUUUCAUAAAACCUUGAAAAUAGGGCCUUCACAUUAGACACUUAUAGAAUCACCUCAGUGGCGCUACUGUGGCGCUGCAGUAACGCCACUACGAAUUUUCAUACAAUAUUGAGAAGCGCAGUUGCAGCACCACAGUCGUGACACGCGCGCGCCACUGUCACAACUAGUGUAAUAAAAAUUACUGAAGCGCCAUUACAGCCGCUACUACAACCUAAUUUGAAAAGUUUCUUGAUUGGUUAAACUGUUGACAAUAUUAAGAAAACGAUAAGAGCCAGUAUAAUUUGUACUAUUGUCGCAUACUAAAUUUCCAAUCAUUAUGCUGAAGGGAUAACUAAAUAUUACAAUACAUACGUAAUUAAAUAAAAAAAUUUUAAGCGUUCAUAUUGUCAGAAUUAUCCGAAUGGUCUACAAGAUUUUUAGCUGUGGUUCUAUCCAUCAAAAUUACUCCUUAAAAAUCCUUUAUGUGUUAUCGUGUGUGAUGGUUUUGGAAGGGUAAACAACCAGGAAAUUAGCGGGCUAUAUUACUAACGUCAUAAACAAUAACUUUUGUUCCAUGACUUUUAUUAAAUACAAAAAUAAUUUAAAAUUUAAAUAGAUCGCUCUAAACGGUGAUAACUCUAAGCGGUAACAAAAAAAGCACUAACGUGAAUCAACAUGAUAUCAGUCCCAUACAAAACACAGGAGCGGGGGUGUAGGUCGUCGUCGGAAGGACGCUUGAACAUUUGAACUUAUUACUAAUCUAAAAAGUGUCAAAUAGUACAACAAAAACUUAAAAGUAUAUUUUUGGUAAAUUCAUUACGUUUUGUAAAAAUUAACGAAACAAAAGUUUUUGUUAAGACCUACGAGGUCAAUAGUAUUUUACAAAUAACUCUGUAUAUCGACGGUAGAAAUUUGAAAUGUCGUAAGGAAUAUUUUGGUGGGAAAUGUUCCUUACCACAAAAUGUCGCUUACGACAUUUCAAAAUUACCUACAUCGACGAAAUUAUUAUCCUUAUAUCGACGGUAGAAAUUUGAAAUGUCCUAAGAGACAUUUUGUCGUAAGGUCAUUAUGCCUUUUAAGGACAUUUCAAAUUUCCACCGUCAACAUAGAAAAUGAAUCAGAAAGUGCUAAAUUGUAGACAGCACCUUGCACCUCUGUCCUAUGUCUCCUCUCGAGGCCAGAUACCACCAACUCCGUGCCUCUACCUUCUUCUAUUUUCACCUACACACUAUAUCUAUCAUACUCUACUACGUUCUAACACUUAACCGCCGUAACACGACGUUGUCACCCAAUAUGGAUAACACAUUUGGUAAUGAAAUGCCACCAAUCUUUAAUAGAUUGAUGUCGGUCACUUUCAAAUAUAUUAUUUUUAUAUUUGACAUAAAAACGUAUAUUAGACUAUAUAUUUAUAUGUAACAACAACACAACGUUGCAAUGCCACAGUAAACUUAAAGUCGAAAUUUUCAACUUGCAUGGCCUAGUGGACCACCACUAUGUAUUAGGGCCUUAACCCUGUCUUUAAACGAGAUCCAUGCUCGGCAAUGGAAUCUAAUACUUCAGUAACUUUUGCACAAAAACUCCGGAACGGACGUAUUUUUUUAUGUUUGCUUUUAUAAUAAUAAAAUGUAUACAAGUAUAAAUGUAUAGAUAUACAGUUUAUAUUGUCAUAGGUGUCUUAUUGGCGGCGCUAUGGCAAAAAAGCCGUUAAAAACAAAAAACAAAGAUCUGCAGCAAAAACUAGUGGUGUACUUUCACAAAAAAAUAUAAAUAAAUAUAACAUACGUACAUUCAUAUUUAUCUAUGUAUAACCUCCUCGUAAGUACUUACGAGGGCGGUUUGAUGAAAAACGUGACUUUGAGGUUAAAUAGAAACUUUUUUGAGAAUGUAUUUAUAACUCCUUAAUAACAACUGACGUUACUUUUUCAAAAUUAGCCCGACAAAAUAAAAAUAAAA